AUGGGUGAAUCGUUUGUCUCUGAGAUUCUACCGGCUCUAUUCACCAGCUGGAAGCAAUGUUUCAACAUUACAACGGUGCAUCCAACUGCCGAGCGUGACAUUGUCAUAUUUGCCAAGACGCGUGCUGACGCGCUGCUACCGCUGCACUCGCUCAUCGUCAACUGUCCAAAGUUGAUGAACAGCAAGAUGGUAGCAUCAAUCGUGACAUUCCUUUCGAAUACGCUAAAGACAGUGAGUGAACUACCGGCUAUCUCCACAUCAUUCCAGAUAUCAACCAAUGAAAUCACACAGAUGUUGGAGUUGAACUUGAUUCGCGCAUUCCAAGCGUUGCCGGCAUCGAGCUAUGCCACUCAACACACAAUGCUAAUGACUGUUGUAACAUCACUCAUACUGGAUGGCAGUCAUAAUACACUGCUGCCAACACUCUACUCCAAGGAUGACCAAGACACGCUGUUGCCAGACUUCAACUGUACCAGCCAGCAAUUUGAAAGUCAAUUCCUUGUGCCUCUCUCGAGUCAAGACAGUUCACUUGUCUCACUUCCACAUGUAUCGGACUGCUAUCUUGCCAAUUUGACACAGAACCUAGAGGUUAGAGUGGUAAAUGCAUCGAUUGAAUUGUUCUCCACACUGUUUAUCUCACAGCCUGACCGUCAUCGUACACAACUCUUGGAUCACUUCUCCAAUUGCAUUAAGGAGUGUAGCAAUCCACAACAAAAACAUGUAAUGACUGUCAACUCAAUGACGACUCUGCUGUACAUUCUCAAGAGUAUGGUCACCUCCAACAUGGCAUUUGGAAAGAGUGACGUUGCAUCGAAUAUUCAACGAUUCGUACAACGUUAUUUCGGCGAUGCCAAUCCACUUUUGAGACGUGCAUCCGCCGAGUGUCUAGGUGUUUUGUGUCGGUUGGAAGGCGACAACGCCACCACCGCCAUCAUCAAAUCGCUCACCGAAUUCAUAAGAAAACCAUCUCGGGAAGUAUCGAGCAUGGUUCGUGCAGGUUCUGCGCUGGUUUUUGGAUGUAUACAACGAUCGGUCGGUGGCAUGAUGUCCCAGAAGCAUUUGCCAACGACCAUUGCCAAUCUCCAUGUACUGGCACAAGACCAACUCGCUCCAGAGGUGUGCGCUCAUGCACUACACGCUCUGUACAUCACAAUUCAGUCAUCUGGAUUCUCAUUCAACUCAUUUGCAUCACCGACACUGAUGUUGCUACAAACCAUAUUGCUAGGUGAGAAUCCACCCUACCAACUACUGGGUCGUGUUGUCAACUCGAUUGUGAUAGCGCUCGGACCUGAACUGGAAACGAAUCGCGAUGUUCUCUCCAAGUGUACGGCGACAUGCGCCAUUAUCAAACGUCACGAGAUACCGGUGGUUCGUGUCGAGUCGAUCUACUACCUGCAGAAACUUAUUAUGUUCGCGCCAGCCACCGUCAACGAGUCAAUGACCCAGGUGUUGAUCAGCCAAUUCAAAAGUCCAUUCCCAAUGCUAAGAAUAACGGCUGUCACUUGUCUACGUCAGUUGAUCAAUAAGAAAUCGUUUGAAGUCGGAAUGAACGUAGUCGAGGAUCUCUUCAUGAUGAUCGAUACCGAGAGUGACCAAAACCUUCAAAAGGAAAUCAAACUACUGAUCAACACGAUCAUCGAUAACAUGGCACCAAACAAUCCAUCCAUCUGGCUACUUCUCUGUAUGAAUAUUAUAUUGUCAUCGAAACAAAUGACCAAAGAUUCAACCAUUGGCGAAAUAGCACUGGCGUCCUCCAACAACUCCACUUCCAACACCGCGACAAACAGCUCGCCGAAUGCAUCCAGCAAUAUAAAUAACAACGACGAAGAUAAAGACGACGAUGAAGAUGUUAAAGUAGUCGUUCAACAAGGUUCAUCCGAUAAGAUCGAAUACGUUUAUCGUUGGUUCACCAAAGUGUUUGCGAUCGAGUGUGUCCGACGUGUUAUCUCUGUGGUGAAGAACAAACCGGAGCACUUUAACAUGCUGCUUGCAAUGGCACACAACAACAAUCAGAGCAAUCUUGCACAGCACAGAUCGACCAACAACUGUUUGAUUCUCCACCUUCAUGAUCUCGUUGGAAUUGCAUUCAAAGCGGCAACCUCACAGAUCGACACAAUGCGUCCAGUCGGUAUACUAUUGCUGAAAGACAUACUCGAGAGUUUCUCAACCUCGAUCGAUCCCGACUACGAAGGACAUCUUCUACUGGAACUCUAUCAAGCACAGAUCAUGUCUGCACUACGUCCGGCAUUCUCGUCCGAUGCACUACCCAACCUACUUUCAGUCGGUUGCACUGUAUUUGUAAACUUUGUUGAAGGUUCACUCCACUACGAUAGUUCUGCACUCAAAAAGACUACCACACAACUAUCAGCACCUGUUAAAAACCUAAGAAAUCUUAACUUCCCUGUAUACAAUGAAAAGGCAACUACACUUGUACAACUCUCUAUUCUAAAGACAUUUGCUCAACUCUAUCUAUUAUGCAGAAAGAAAGAAUCAUUAAACACUAUUCUAUCACCUGUUAUUACACCUAUAUUACCUUAUCUUAGAGUUCAUUGGGUGACAUUCUUGAAGGAAUAUUCAUUGUUGGUAUCACAACCACCCUCUAUCUAUCACGUUUGUAAUCCAAUGUUCUUCUCACCACUCAGUUUCAAUGAAUCUGUCGACUACUUUAAAGAAGCGUAUCCAUUCGUUGUUAAAGCAUUGGCAUCACUCAUUGCAACACCCUAUUGGUUAGAAGGUAGAAAUGUAGUAGAACAGCAACAACAACAACAAGAGUCGACUACAACUGAAUCCACCGAUAUUAAUAAAACUACUACCAAUGAUAAUAACAACAACGAUCCAAUACUCAUUGAAACAAAACCGAUGGAGGAUAUUAAUUUAAUAAUGGGACUGUCGCUUUUGCCACAGGAAAAGUUCCUUUUGGAUCCUACAGAAAAGACCUUGAAUGCCAACCACAUUGCUCUUACACUCGAGAUAGUUGCACUUACAUUACAACCUUCAUCGGCAGACAUCAACGAAUUCCAAUUGGAUCGAAUCAACGAGAUAUGUCAGAUCCUCCAAAGAGUCAGCUCCUUUGCCAACUCUAACAAGAUACAAACACAACUCAUUGAAAUCAUCAAUAAUCUAUUCCAAUGUUUUGGUGAUUCAAUUAUCAAAGAAGUCGAGAUAUUCAAUCUAUUAUUAAAAGUUUUAUUUGAUCCUAUGAAACCAGAGAAUGAAGAGUAUCAAAUUAAAUUCUAUAGCUGUUGUAUUUCUAUUAUUAAAUUGAUGGAUAUCGCACAGAUUCAAGAGUACACACCAUUGUUCUUAUGGACCGUCACACAAACACUUGCCAAUACCACAAAUACCAAUCUAAUUACUUCUGCCAUUCAAUUUACCAUUUCAUUGCUACGUUUGUUCACAUCAAAAGUAACACCUGACCUAACUCAAUACACAUCGAUACUAAAUGCAUCAUUGACUACCACUCUUGAUAAAUUAAACAAAAAUGAAACAAAACAAGGAUUACUAUUAUUGCUAUCUACGCUGAUUAUCAAUCAACAAGAGCAGAUGAAUGAUGAAAUAACCAAAUCGAUUGUUUCAUUCUUUAGAUCGUCACUGCAGAAUAAGGCUAUCAAAGAGAAGCAGUAUUCACUUCAAGUUCUUAGAAAUAUUCUUAAUACUGGUGCAUCUAAUCCCCCGGAUUCACCGACACACCGAUUCUCAUCAAAGUUAAUAGGUGAACUAUUCAUUGAUUUACAAUCAUCACUAGUCAUGGCACCAACAACUUCCUCAUCAUCAUCAUCAUCAGAACAAGAUACAACCACCAUUGAAAUAUUUAAACUAUUUACAUUAUCUUUAACAUUAUUAAAGAAUGAUGAUCAAAAAUGUAAAUUAUUACAAAUGAUUGUACAAAUAAUGAUAUUCUUUUUGGAUCCACAUCAACAACCUACCAGCAAUAUACAUCAAUCUACAUUACAGAUUUUGUUGAACUACGCUUCUACUCAACCAAACUUUAAAGAAGCAGUGGCAGCACUUCCAAUAGAUCAAAAGCAAACACUUGAGCAAUCGAUUCGACAAAACUUUGAACAGCCAGCCAAGAAAGAGAUUAAACUUCCAGCAAAACCCUCGAUUCAAUUGAACUUUGAUUUCUCAAAGCAAAUACCAAACUCCUAA